AUGACUAUUGACAAGUUAUCUAAUCUAUUAGUAUUACAAAUCAUAUCAGAUAUUAAUAAUAAUGGAGAUAUAAUAUGUUUAUUGUUAACAUGUAAAAAGUUUUACAGUAAUAGUAGUUUAAAAAGAUUGGUUCAGUUUAAAGGAAUAGGACCAAUCAAUGACAAGGGAUACAUGUCUGAUCAGUUUAUAGCAACAUCUACCCUCUUUAAACUAUCAUCAUUUAAAGAUAUAUUAUUGAAUAGUAUAUCACAUCAAUGUGUAUUGUUACCCGACGAUGAAAAGUGCAAACAGAUGGACUAUUCACAAAUGUUACGCGAUAACUUUAAUGUAUUUCGAAACUACCCAAAAUGGAUAGAUGAUUGUAUCUCUCCAAACAAGAGAACUGAUAAAAGUAACAUUACAAAUGUUAUGAUGAUGGGUUCUGUCGACAUAAAAUCAUUAAAGUCAAUCUACGCCGCCAAUAUGUCAUCAUCAGUCGAGACACUCACCAUCAAUGACCUAGACCAAAAAGCAUUGGAUCUUGGUUCCAUCUCGCUAUUGACCAAUCUCCAAAAACUAUCAAUUCGUGGUUACAAAUUAAAGAAACUUGGUAUUCACUCUACACUCAAGUCACUUGACCUACAAAUCGCCACCAACUACCCACUCGCAGACUUGGGUCUAACCAAAUUCGUAUCGUUGACUCAACUCAACCUUUCCGUCACCAAUUAUGGACCAAGUCUAUUGCCAACCAGUCUAACGUCACUCACUAUUAGACUGACAGAGUUACCUCCACGAAAUACAUUCACUAUAUUAAAGUCACUAGUCAGACUCAAGAUCAACGUGAAAAGGGAAUCAAUAGAUGUAAACAAUGGCGUUGAAACCCCACCAAUCCUAGAUCUCGACAGUCUAUCCAACCUCGUAAAACUAAAGAUCACACACUUUGACCAUACAAAAGAUGUUGACUACUUUUUCGAGCUUACUGUACCACCCUCACUCAAGAUUCUUGACUUUUGGACGUAUUGCGUGAAAAUACCAUCUCAUUGUCCAAUGCCACUAUUAGAGAAAUUGUAUGUUCACGAAAUAGCCCUGAUAGAAGAAAAGGUCAGUCUAUCAUCAUGCCCAUCCAUCAAGAAACUGGUUAUAUAUGAAUGUCUUGAAAUCAUUCCAGCCACUGUCAUUAUACCAUCAACUGUCAAAAAGCUUACAAUCGAUAACCAAAUCAACCAAGAUAUACUUGAUCAUGUUGUAUUCCCACCAUUGCUCACUCAUCUAUCGAUAAAGGGAAAUCACUUUUAUGACAACCCUAUUCAACUACCAGAAUCACUCGUCAAGUUAAAACUAAUGAAUAUUAGUGAUCCACUUCCACAACAAUUAAAAAAGUUGGUACUUUGGACAUCACGUUCUAGACCCAAAUCAACAAAUCAAUCGUUACCAUCCAACUAUCCACCCAAUCUCGAAACACUCAACCUAUCCAACAUCAAAGGUGACCAUACGAUUGACAUGAUAGAAAUACCACCACACCUCAAAUAUCUAUCAUUAUCAUUAACUCCAGUUCUUAAUGAUAAUGAUCCAGACCUAACGCCAAAUAAUCUUCCAAUCUAUUCAAUCAUCUCUAGAUUAAAUAAUAAUAAUAAUAAUAAUAAUAAUAUCUCAUGGUUACCGCAUCAUAUUACUCAUCUAAAUUGCCGUUUAGUGGAUAUACAACAUGAUACACUAGUAAAGGUUUUUAGAUUAGACGAAAUAAUCAAUCACACCAAUGUUAGGUAUUUAUCUCUCAAUGAAUCAAAUUCUAGAACCUAUCAAUUUUCAAUUCAAAGAUUAGACGCAGACAAUCUAAAUGUAUUAGUAUUGGAAACACAAACACUUCAAGGUGGAAUCAUCACUCAACAAAGAAAAACAAAUAAUAAUAAUAAUCAACAACAACAAAUAAUAUAUGAACCAAUUUAUUUAUAUUUACAUCUAAAAAGUACUACUCCUUUUACAUCAAAUUGGAAAAUAACAAUAAAUAAAUAA